GCGCUCUGCGCGGUCAUGGCGUUCUCCAGGGCUCCGCUCCGGCGCUUCAACGACAGCUCCGGAUCCUAUGAUGUCAAAGCUUUAGAUACAGUAAGAAGUUCUCUGGCCUCUGAACCACACCAACAGGUUAGGAGGCAGAAGAGUGAAAGAAAUCUAAACAGUGAAAAGAACGUGUCUACUCCUGUAACUGGAAAGGGACUUGUAUCUCUUGGAUCAAUACCAGGUAGUGGGACUGUGAAGCCUAAAAGAGAUCAUAUUCUUAUGAAAGAGAAAAAGAAACAGAAGAUGCUGGAGAAGGAGAUUCGGGCAUUAGUGAGAGAGCGUGGAGAACAGGAUAAAAAACUUCAGGCUUUGGAUGAGGAUUUUGCAAAGACUGAAGCAAAGCUGACUGCUGCAGUGCAAGAAAAAACAUCUCUCUUGGCAAAUGUUGCAUGCCUGAAAAAACAGCUUCUCGAACUAACGAGAGCCAAUGAACUACUAAAAUCAAAGCUCUCUGAAGAUGGCAUGCAGAAGAAAAUGAGCAGCCUAUGCAUGGAAUUAAUGAAGCUCAGAAACAAGAGAGAUGCUAAGGAAAAGACUGCACUUGCAAAGCAGGAAGAUAUGGAAAUGAAGUUGCAGGAAGUACAAAGGAAUCUAGAGCAUUCAAAAGGAAAAGUAGCACAGUUGGAAGAAAAACUAUCUGCUAGUGAGAGAGAGAAAGUUGAAGAAAAGUCUGACACCGAAAAACUCCUAGAAUAUAUCACAGAGCUCAGUAGUGUUGCAGAAAUGGUAGAAAAAUACAAAUUAGAUAUUGCUCAGAUGGAGGAGAUGCUGAUAAAGAAAGACGGAGACAUCAGGGUCCUGAGGGAUUCCCUUAAAAUAAAAGAAGAAGAAUCAUUUAAACUGGUAAAAGAACUUAAUGAAAGGUGUCAGCUGCUUGAACAAGAAAAAGAGAAAGAGUCCUCUGAGAGCAGAGGAAAAUGCCUGAGUAUGACUGCUGAAAUAGAAGACCUGAAGAAAAGAAUUCUCUUAAAAGAGCAAGAGCACCAAAACCUGCUUCAGAAACAAGAGGAUAUUCUCUCUCAGCUGCAAGAGGAAAAGAAGUCUUCUGCAUGUAUGCACGAGAAGUUACUAGAGUUUCAAGAAGAGGUAACAAAUGAGAGACUUCAGCUGCAAGAAGAGCUGAAGGGUGCGGUGAAUGAGCUGGAUAAGCUGCAUGCUAAGGAGAAGAAAGCUGAAAAGUUGGUGAAGCGGUUGGAACAAGAAAUCAAAUCUCAAGCAUUUGAGCUUGCUCAAAUGGAAGAAAAGCUGAAAGGGAAGAAUACUGAUUUGGAGCAAAUCAGUGAAAUGCACAGUAAUGCUGUUUUGCAAAUCCAAGAAGAGCAUAGCAAUACACUGCGUAAACUUGGAAAGACUAUUGCUGAAUUUGAAAGUUGCAAGAAGACAACAGCCGAGGAAAUAGCCAGCCUUAAAUUAGAGAACAGCUUAUUGCAAGAAGAGGUUGCCAACCUGAAAAAAGUAGGUGAAGAUAACCUGCAGCUACUUCAGGAAGCAGAAUACACUAAAAACAAAGCAAAAGAAGAAUGUGCAAGGAUGCUUUUAGAAACCCAGACGAAGCUGGCACUAAAAGAAGCAGAAAUAGAAAGAACCAAGGAGUCUUACCUUGCACAGAUGACUAAACUUCAGGAAAAACUGCAAGUGCAAACUGAAGACCUGAAAGGUCUUGAAGGAGAAAGAUCAAGGAAAAACACAAAUGAAGAUGUGAAUUCUAGCUUAAAAGAAGAGAUAAAGACAUGGCGUACUCUAUAUGAAGAUUUGCAUAACAAAACUAAGCCUUUUCAGCAACAACUGGAUGCAUUUGAAGCAGAGAAGAAUGCUCUCUUAAAUGAGCAUGGUGCAGCCCAAGAAGAACUAAAUAAAUUAAGUGAUGCAUAUGCUAAGCUACUUGGCCAUCAGAACCAGAAGCAAAAAAUCAAGCAUGUUAUGAAGCUGAAGGAGGAGAAUACACACCUGAAGCAGGAUGUCUCAAAACUGCGUGCCCUGCUAGCAAGAGAGAAGCAAACAAGCAGAGAUCUUCAGGAGCAGCUAUAUGCACUUCAGGGCAUUAGGCGGUUUGACCCCUCUAAAGCUUUCCAGCAUGAUAGCAAGGAAAAUAUUCCUCCUAAAACCCCCUUUAAAGAAGGUAAUAGAAACCAAAGUUAAUCUCCUGCUUUUAAGAAAAAUAUCUUAAAUUAACAAACUCAAAUGCUGCAGUGAAGACUUCAAGGGACUAUUUGUUAAAGGUGAAUUUGAAUGCUGUGCAUAAUACAAGUUAGA